GCACGUAUCAUCUCAAGGAUGCCGAAGUAUGGAGGUCCGUGUUUUGUUCGAGGUAAUUAACCGUUUUAUACACUACUUACGGAAAUUUUUCAAUGUUUGCAUGAUUUAUAGAGCUGUAAUUGGCCAUUUGUCACUAAGGAAAUCUUUGCAGCACAAUAUAAGGCCAUUUUCUGAGGAACUGAAUGUAGUCUUCCGCUAAUACGUCAGUCUAGAUCAAACAUGCAUGAUCAAAUCACUGUCAAAUGUCGCAGCUCAUUCAAAUCACUUAUUUAUGUAUUCACUCCCAGGGAAUUCUUGACAAAUGCACAGUUGAACAUGGGAAAAAAGAUUGGAAACGCCGACAUUUCGUGUUCAAACACAUAUUGGCAAGUAACAUCAGAAGUCUUGAAUUUUACCCGGCUGCAACUAAGAAUUGGCGAAAAUCCGAGCCCAAAGGCGUUCUGGCGCUUUACCCCGGCUAUGAAGUCCUAAAAGUUCAUGAACCAAGACGAAAUUUUGUCUUUGAAAUCAAAACAGUUGAUCACACUUACCGCUUAGCAGCACAUUCAGAAGAUGAACUCAAUCAAUGGAUUCUUAUUUUGGAAAAGGAAAGCAUUAGUAAGUAUUUCCUGGCAUGCUGACACAGCUGCAAUAUUAAAUAUUGAUAAUUUUAAGCUAAAGGCUUAUUUUUAUGACUUUAUUUUGAAGUGAACAUUCUACAGGAGUGGCACUACUGGUCCACAAUGCACGAUGAUGCAACAACUACCAGAAUGCUUCAGUUUGUUGUUUUCUUGUGCAAAGUAAGGCUAUUGUUUUGUAAACCUCAGCAGGAUUGACAAAUUUGAAUAAGAGAGCAAAAACGAAAUGAAUUCUGGUACCUUAUUAUAGGAAAUUAAUGCUCCAUGAAAUUAACGCGAAUCGAAAAAUUCGCGUUAAUUUAAGUCACAUUAAUUUUGUUGAGCGUUAAUUUCUGCGACGUUAAUGAGGUGCAGUGUUACUUUCCGCCCUCUUAAUUUCCAGUAUUUUGAACCCAAUUUUGGAACCUGUCCAGACAUUCUUGACACCUAAAAAACAUUAACUACAAGCUUUCUUUCUUUCCAUUUAUCCUUAUUUUUCAUCUUUCACAAAAGCUAAGGCGAAGGUUUACAAUAUUAUUUUCGAGUUCAUCCUCAUUGUUUUCGCUUUUAGAAGUGAUGACAAUAUCUUCUCCGUUGAUUUCAGCCAAGAUAGAUUUCGAAUCGUCACCACCAACUGUGUCUUAAUCGUGUUAAUUUCCUUUAUUGUGAAAUUCUACCUCCUCUUUUGCGUUAAUUUUCUUUAUUCGAAAGUCGUUUUCCAUCAAAUUCACAUUAAUAUAAGUCGCAUUAAUUUCCAAUACCUUAAUUUCCUAUAAUAUGUAAUUAUGUAAUAAGGUAGUUGUAGUCAAAUUUCAUCAUCAUGAAAAUGGCCUAUUAUUUUUCUUUAUCAUAUUUUUUAAAUAAAGCCAAACAUAGCAUAUCAAGGGCUUGAUGGCUGCCUAAUAAAAAUGACAACAAUAGAACUCUUCUAGGGAGGACCAAAAGGUGGCCACAACCACUGGCUGAAGGUGGCUGAAGGUGGCUGACUUCUAACAACACUGUUGACACAGGAAUAAAUUUAUUGUUUAGAAAAAAAUCUAGGGGAAAAUUUCUUGGAGGAUUUUGUUUUAAGGAGAUAUUUUGCCUUACAUUUUAGAUAAUAAUGAUCAUGUUAAAUUUUUAUUAGCAUGGAGAAACUGUUUUCAUAUCGCAUAAUACUAACUUGGAAAUUCAAUAGUUUUCUCCAUUUCCUUGUGUACAAUAAUAUGCCAAAGAGUUUCUUUUCUUCUCUAGUGAUAACCUUUUCUGAGGAGUGCCUCCUCUUUCUCAUUUACAUAUUGUUUAUUGUCACCAACCACAUUUGCAAUUCUCUUUGUUGCAACCAUGAAAACCAGCCAUUUCAUUAUGAAUCCUGUUAAUCAAAAAAAUAAUUUGCCCUUUUGGUCUACUACAUGUUAGCUAUAGCUUGCACAAUGGAUAAGCUGUAAAAAUGACCUUCUUUGCACCCUGAUUCUGUGUAUUAAUAUGAAAGCACCCUUAGUUAUCCAUUCAUUCAUCCAUCCUCUCUUCUUGGCAAGCACUUAUUCAAGAUAUCAAAUGCGGUUUUUGAAUGAAAGAACUUAACUACUAGCCUGAAUUUCAUCUGAUUACUUUGAGUCGUUAUUACUCCCUCAGUAACAUCUGAAUCAACCAGCUGUUAAUGCCAUGAUCCAGUGACAUCACUACUCCUUUGAUUUAAUUCAUGCAAAAAGUAAACAUGAUUUUCAAGUAGCAAACCAAGAAAUAUCAUUUGGAAAUGUCUGCAUGAUACAGAAUUGCUUUACCCUUUUCGAUUGUAAUUCAUCUUUAACGUUUAAACUAUCAACUGCAUAUAUGAAAAACCUACUCCUACUGACUCUCCGCAAUGAUUCUUCAUUCACAGUUCAAUUUAUGACAAGACAUUUAUUAUCGUAACAUUACAAGUACAAUUGUUUGGCACGCAGUUAGCAAGAAAACGCUAGUCGAGGCGUGCCAAAUUAAUUCUAUUACAAAUCAGAUAUUAUAUCAUAAUGAGUAAAAAGCAAAGAAAAAGAAAAGAAGAAAUAUGUGUAAUGAAUUCAAAAGCAAGAAAGACUGUUAAAUGCAACCUGUGAAAGAGGCUAAGGUUUAGGAUUUCGCGAUUUUAUUUCUUGUGUUAUCAUGGUUGCAUCAAGGUAAUCAUCUUUGUCUUUUAAUAUUUUGAAGAGCACUCACUUUUCAAAAGACAAAGAUUGAAGUCACCCAUGACGCAAACAAGCUUCGAAAGCUAUUCAGUUUCGAAGACAAUGACAAUUUUGCUGUUUACGAUAGAGAUUAUCAAAAUGUUUGAACUCCACGCAAGCAUGCAAAGGAUGCGAUCUCCUGGAUAUCAAGCAACAACCCCGCUAAAAUUUCUCAUAAUUAUGUAAAUGUUUAGACAAUCAACCAAUCAAAAUCACUACCCAGUUUUCAGGUAGUGACGUCACUGGACGGCAUUAACGGCCGGUCGAUUCAGAUGUUGCUGAGAGGAGGAAACAACUCGAAGCAAUUGGAUGAAAUUCAGGCUACUUAACUACAGUUAUAACUUCUUGCAAUUGGCAAACUUUCAUGAGGGGCGUAUUUUGGGUGGACAUCUUGUGAAGUAAAAUUAAGUGAGUUGGUUACACAGAUGUUUGACUGUGUUGUUGCUGAGAGGUUUUUAAUUUAUUAUUUUGCUCUGUCUUUUGAUUUGUUAAACAGUUAACUCAUUCUAUGUGGAGCCAGAAAAUAAUGAACAAAUGUCAAAGCUGGGAGCAAGUGAUAUGUGCCAUCUUCAUGUUGCCAACAGUGAACUGCGACUUCUCUGUGCAAAGGAUGGAAGGCUUCUUGUGGCCUGGCCCUUUACAUGUCUUAGGCGAUACAUGAGUACACGAGGAAAAUUUACAGUGGAAGCUGGGCGGCGAGCACCUACAGGAGAGGGCAAGUUUACAUUCCUAACUCCACAACAUGAUGAGAUUUAUAAGCUUUUGGAUCAUGUCAUCAAGUCCCGUGCUGGGCAAACAAGCACAACAAAAUCACAUCAACCACCAGAACAGACAAAGUCAGUGCCAACUGAUGAAAGGAGGGAUGUCCCGCAAAAUGGUUAUGAUAACGCAGUGGCUACAUCACCAAGAAAAGAUGAACAGAUGAUGGCAGGAAGUUCAGAUUCAAUGAACAAUGCAUAUGCUUCUCCUUAUGGACACCUUCCUCCCAGAGAUACUGGAAAAAAAGCUUCACCCAUUUUGAUUAGACGCACACCUCAAGCUGUGCCAGACAGUAGAUUGAUUGCGGAUUCAGAUGUCAGUGAGGAGUAUAAUACCUUGAGUCACCCUGUACAAGGAUUUGAAAAGAAGGGUUCAAAAGGUGUUGUUGAGGCAGAAUAUUGUAUUCUUGAUCAGUGCCUUUCUCCACCCACAGAAGGACAGGAUAUGUACAAUACCACCCAGCACCAUGGCAAAUUUCAAAAACCGGCAGCCUCUCAGUACUCAGUCACAGAAGAUGUUUAUAAUGUGCUUGGUGAAACACUUCCACACAUGGUACACAAUGAGUCACGAGGAAAUGAAGAAAAUGCUUACAACACCCUGGACAUGACAAAAAAUCAAACAUCUUCAACAUCUUCGCAGCUUGAGCAACAAUACAAUACCCUAGACCAUGCAGCCCCUGCUAGACCUCCUCGUAAACCUAUUCAACCACUGCCAAGAACCAGGCCACCUGCUGCAAAGUCAUCACCUAAAUCCCCAGCCAGGAAGCUCUCCAGUGAUCUUGCCAGUAAUCUUCAGUCAUCCCCUGCUGAUAUAAAUGACAAUACGUAUAAUACUUUAGGCAUAAACAGUAGAGCUCCCCCUUCCCUGGUAAGGAGAGUGCCUGAUGAAGUUGAUGACAAUACCUACAACACCCUGGAGACGUCAAACCAAAGGCAACCUCCUCCAAUCCCUGUAAGAAAAACACCUGAUCAACUACUCAAGAAACAUCUGAAAUCCCAGCAGACAUUUGAUGAAAAUAGCGAUAUGUAUAACACACUGGAUCAUACAAAAGUCAGGCAUCAGUCACCAGUUACAGCAAGGAAGAUGCAUUUUCAAACUGUUUCAGGUGAGGGUAGUGAAGUCUACAAUACACUUGAUGCAGAUAAAAGAGUAGGUGCCAACCCAAUUCCACCUUCAAGGGUUACAAAACAAUCUUCACAGUCAGCUGAUGACGAUGGAAUGUAUAGUACUCUUGAUUCUUCAAGAGGUGGUGCUGUGAAGAGUCCAAUUCAUAAUGAAAAAUUGGAUAAUGUACAGUCAAGAAAUUAUCAAAUGGAUGACAUGUACAAUACACUGGAUUCAACAAGAACAGGGGCCUCUGUGCCACCUCCUGUCCCCACCCAGAGGACCAGUGUAAGCAGCAUUACUGGAAGCCCCCUCCAUAGUCCUAUCAAAAAGGUGGCAGACGCUCCAACGUUAAGGAAGAACUUUGCUUCAAGCCUGCAAUCAUUUCACUGCUCUCUAGAUGAUGAUAAUUCAUUGCAGCCGGGGGUUUCUCAAAAGUCGUCUUCUUUAGAUGACCUUGAUUCUUAUGCUAGCAUUGAUUAUACGAUGGUGUGCCAACCCAAAGGCACCCAAGGCCAGUAUCCAAUCCCAGCACAGAGGGCUGCAAACAGCAAGGGGGUACCAUUCAAGGGUAGAAAGAGCAGUGCCCCAGAUAUAAUCUCACUUGCAAAGACAAAUAACACUGGCAAAAAUUCUAAGAAAGGAGGAAAGAGUGGACUUGUGUUGAACUUAAAGGCUUCACUGGAAGCAGGAGGGUUAGAUUUCAGUAAACCAAGGAGAAAACCUAAAAACAAAUUGUCCCGAGAGGAUAGUAGUGGAGAUUUGCCCACCCAUUCAGAGGUUGAAGAACAUGGUGUCACACCAACUGAGGAGGUCUUUUCACCAGGUACACCACCCAUAAAACCUGGACGGUCUUCAUCAUCACCAGCAGAUCCCAAUAAAGAAGAUGUUGUUUAUGAUGAAUUAAAUCAGCCAGAACUAAGACCCAAGUCACUACAGAUUACAAAACCAAAGAGAAGUCCAAAGAAAUCUUAGAGUACACUGAACUUUUCCAUUAAAUUAGUGAUAUCUAAGGUGGCAUUCAUUAGUAGCACUUAAUUUUGUGUCCACUUCGUAUCACUAAUUUGUUAGUAAGAACAACAUACACUUAAUUAUUGCAGAGAACCAACUUACAGGAUUAUUCAUUGUCCUUGUAGGAUCAGUAUUAUAGCCUGCAAGCAUGCACUGCACUGGGAAGUGAGAGAGUUGUGGAGUCUAGUGCAUGACCUUCAACUCUCACACAGGGAGGCCACACAAAAAUGCUUGAUUAUUCAUUUUCUUUCAACUAUUAUUGGGAUUAUCAACAAGGUUCACAGGGCUGUGCUCUAGCAGAGCCCGGUGGCCCCUGGUGCCUAACUUUUGCUCUCGGGCGACUAGGAAACCUUAGUUUUUUCAAACAAAUCAUAUGCUGGGCUUAUGCUAGAUUUUACAUUUUUAGAGCACUGGGCUCCCUUCAGUUUUCCUUAGAGCACAGCCUUGGGUUAAUAUUAUCAUUUUAAAUACUACAAAUUAUACAUACUACUUAUUAACCGAGAGUGAGGUCAUUACAGGAAAAUCUCAGACCAAGGUCUUGAUGUAUUGACCGAGUGAUAGCAACGUCAAUACAUUAAUACCAUAAGUUAACUCAAAAUUAAAGAAUAUGAAUAGUCACUCAGUUUAUCUUAAUUCUUACUAGGUAACGUAGUAAUCAAUUAUUCUUCAUUUGAAUUUGAAAUAGGUAAUAAUUUUUGUCAUGCAGCCAAAUUGCAUGGCCAUCAUGAUCAUAGUAGACUGCUAUGUCAAUUUGUGCCUUUGUUUAUCAAAAGUGGCCUUCUUAUGACAAUUGUAUUAAAUAGUGCACUACAUAAAUUAUUAUCAAUAUUAUUUGUUUUGUUCAUGGGGAUAAAAAUUAAAUAAUGUAACUGCUUUGUUACUGUAGAAGCGACCCAUGACUGUAAAAUGUGUUUAUUGUAGUAUGAGGAAUAUUAUUUUUGUUAUGACACAUAAACCCCUAGAAUUUGCUACUGCUCCAAUGAGAAUCUAAGACCCACAGUUAACACAAAGUCCCAGGGGCAGAAGCAUUUAAAUUAUAUAUUAUGUACAUUUGUCCUGUUCCCAGA